AUGGCCCGAGCCCUCCCGGGCUGCCGGCCGCCGGCGGCGCCGGGGUUCCCGGGGCUGCGGGGGCCGCUCCUCCGGCUCCCGCCGCCGCCGCCGCCGCUGCUGCUGCUGCUGCUGCCACUCCUGCUUCUGCCCGCCGGCAGCCGGGCGCUGGAAGAGACCCUCAUGGAUACAAAGUGGGUGACGUCUGAGCUGGCGUGGACGUCCCAUCCAGAAACUGGGUGGGAAGAGGUCAGCGGGUACGACGCGGCCAUGAACCCCAUCCGGACGUACCAGGUGUGCAACGUGCGGGAGAGCAGCCAGAACAACUGGCUGCGGACGGGCUUCGUCCGCCGGCGCGAGGUCCAGCGGGUGUACGUGGAGAUCAAGUUCACCGUUCGGGACUGCAACAGCAUCCCCAACAUCCCCGGCUCCUGCAAAGAGACGUUCAACCUGUUCUACUACGAGGCGGACGGCGACGUGGCCUCCGCCUCCAGCCCCUUCUGGAUGGAGAACCCCUACGUCAAGGUGGACACCAUCGCUCCCGACGAGAGCUUCUCCCGCCUGGACGCGGGCCGCGUCAACACCAAGGUGCGCAGCUUCGGGCCCCUCUCCAAGGCCGGCUUCUACCUGGCCUUCCAGGACCAGGGGGCCUGCAUGUCGCUCAUCUCCGUGCGCGUCUUCUACAAGAAGUGCGCCCGAACCAUCGCCAGCUUCGCCCUCUUCCCGGAGACCCUGACGGGCGCCGAGCCCACCUCCCUGGUCAUCGCUCCCGGCACCUGCAUCCCCAAUGCCGUGGAGGCCUCGGUGCCCCUCAAACUCUACUGCAACGGGGACGGCGAGUGGAUGGUGCCCGUGGGGGCCUGCACCUGUGCCGCCGGCUACGAACCCGCUGCCAAGGAGACCCAGUGCCAAGCCUGCCCCCCCGGGAGUUUCAAGGCGAAACAGGGAGAGGGGCCCUGCCUGCCCUGCCCCCCCAACAGCCGGACCACGUCCGCCGCUGCCACCAUCUGCAUCUGCCAUAACAACUUUUAUCGAGCUGACUCGGACCCUCCCGACAGCGCCUGCACUACUGUGCCGUCGCCCCCCCACAGCGUGAUUUCCAACGUGAACGAGACCUCGCUGGUGCUGGAGUGGAGCGAGCCGCGGGACCUGGGGGGCCGAGACGACCUCCUCUACAACGUCAUCUGCAAGAAGUGCCAGGGGGGCCCCGGGGCGUCGGGCCCGGCCGCCUGCUCCCGCUGCGACGACAACGUGGAGUUUGUGCCCCGGCAGCUGGGGCUGACGGAGCGGCGGGUGCACGUGAGCCGGCUGCUGGCCCACACGCGCUACAGCUUCGAGGUGCAGGCAGUUAAUGGGGUCUCCGGCAAGAGCCCCCUGCCCCCGCGCUACGCCGCCGUGAACAUCACCACCAACCAGGCCGCUCCCUCGGAGGUUCCCACCAUGCGUCUGCACAGCAGCUCCGGCAGCAGCUUGACCCUGUCCUGGGCCCCCCCGGAGCGGCCCAACGGCAUCAUCCUAGACUACGAGAUGAAGUAUUUUGAAAAGAGCGAGGGCAUCGCCUCCACGGUGACCAGCCAGAGGAACUCGGUGCAGCUGGACGGCCUGCGGCCAGACGCCUGCUACGUGGUCCAGGUCCGGGCGCGGACGGUGGCCGGCUACGGGCAGUACAGCCACCCGGCCGAGUUCGAGACCACGGGGGAGAGAGGUUCAGGACCCCAACAGCUCCAAGAGCAGCUGCCCCUCAUCGUGGGCUCGGCUACGGCCGGGCUGGUUUUCCUCGUGGUGGUCGUGGUCAUCGCUUUCGUCUGCCUCAGGAAGCAGCGCCACGGCUCUGACUCGGAGUACACGGAGAAGCUGCAGCAGUACAGAGCCCUGCCCCUCCCUGAUCCCUCUCUUCUGCCCCCAGUUGCUCCCGGCAUGAAGGUUUACAUCGACCCCUUCACUUACGAAGACCCCAACGAGGCCGUGAGGGAGUUUGCCAAAGAGAUUGACGUCUCUUGCGUCAAGAUUGAGGAGGUGAUCGGAGCCGGGGAGUUUGGCGAGGUGUGCAGGGGCCGGCUGAAGCAGCCGGGCCGCCGGGAGCUCUUCGUGGCCAUAAAGACUCUGAAGGCCGGCUACACGGAAAGGCAGCGGCGGGACUUCCUGAGCGAGGCGUCCAUCAUGGGCCAGUUUGACCAUCCCAACAUCAUCCGCCUGGAAGGCGUGGUCACCAAGAGCCGGCCCGUCAUGAUCCUCACGGAGUUCAUGGAGAACUGCGCCCUCGACUCCUUCCUCCGGCUGAACGACGGGCAGUUCACCGUGAUCCAGCUGGUGGGCAUGUUACGGGGCAUCGCGGCGGGCAUGAAGUACCUGUCGGAGAUGAACUACGUGCACCGGGACCUGGCCGCCCGCAACAUCCUGGUGAACAGCAACCUGGUCUGCAAAGUGUCCGACUUCGGCCUCUCGCGCUUUCUCGAGGACGACCCCGCUGACCCCACCUACACCAGCUCAUUGGGCGGGAAGAUCCCCAUCCGGUGGACGGCCCCGGAAGCCAUCGCUUACCGCAAGUUCACGUCGGCCAGCGACGUCUGGAGUUAUGGGAUCGUCAUGUGGGAGGUGAUGAGUUAUGGAGAACGGCCCUACUGGGACAUGAGCAAUCAAGAUGUAAUCAAUGCCGUGGAGCAGGACUACCGCCUGCCGCCCCCCAUGGACUGCCCCACCGCCCUGCACCAGCUCAUGCUGGACUGCUGGGUGCGGGACCGCAACCUGAGACCCAAGUUUGCCCAGAUCGUCAACACCUUGGACAAGCUCAUCCGCAACGCCGCCAGCCUGAAGGUCAUCGCCAGCGUGCAGUCUGGGGUGUCCCAGCCCCUGUUAGACCGCACUGUUCCCGACUACACCACCUUCACCACGGUGGGGGACUGGCUGGACGCCAUCAAGAUGGGGAGGUACAAGGAGAGCUUCAUCAGCGCGGGCUUCGCCUCCUUCGACCUCGUGGCCCAGAUGACGGCAGAGGACCUGCUCCGGAUUGGAGUGACUUUGGCGGGACACCAGAAGAAGAUCCUGAGCAGCAUCCAGGACAUGCGGUUGCAGAUGAACCAAACGCUGCCGGUGCAGGUCUGACCCCCUCGAGCGGCCCUGGAGGAGCCCAGGGUGCCACAGGGACUCUGAGUGGCCGGACAUUCGGACGUUUGGAUGCUUAGUCAAGGGCCGCGGCCCCAGAGUUCACAAUGUGUCGGGGGCCCAGCGGAGCCCCCUCGGGCGGCCCGCGUUCCCUCCGUGGGCAACAGCAGGGCCGGGACGCUUCGGACGGAUGCCGCCUCUUCACAUUGAAGAUAGAUUAGGGGAUGGGGAUGAAAGCAUCGCCCGUCCCCGUGGGGCCCGAGCCCCCCUGCUCUCGCGCAGGGGGGAGGCCCCGUAGCCUCAGACUCGGGCGUUCUCCAUGCUGUAGUGACUGCAGUGCUGAGCCUGGGGGCGCCCCCGCCUGAAUCGGGGCCCCCCGGGUGGACAAAAAGCAGCUCUUCCCUCAGGAACCGGAGGGAGGAAAACUUCAGGGAGUGAGGGGAUGUGCGGGACAGCCCGCCCCUGCUCCAGAGCCAGCCGCCAUCACUUCGAGUUUGCACAGGGACUCCGGGGAGAGGGAGGACCUGGCUCCUUCCUGAUACCUCCCAGCCCCCCUUCAGCCUGGUUGGUGCAGAGGCUGGCUUCCAAGAUGGGUAGGGGGCCAGCCAAGGAGCAGCCCCCCUGCCCCUUAGAGACUCACAGAGCCAGAGAAUGGAUGUCUGGAUGUCUGCUGUGCGUGCUAGCCCGCCUGCCCGGUGCGCUUCGGAGCGUGGGAGAGCUGGGCCCGGCUGGGGGCCCUCUGGGGUGUCAGCAGAAUAAAGGCAUUGUCAUUGC